AUGGACUCCCAGUCUCCCGAUGAGCCCAGGUCUCCACACCAUGGCGACGGAUCUCCCGACCCCCUCCAAGAUAUCGGAGAGCAAUCGCCAUCACCUCGUGUUCGGAACCUAGAGGACGCCGCCGUCUCUUCACUCACGAGCACCGCCAGCGAUAUACGGUUCACGUCCAAGUCGCCGACGCCGACCCCGCCGCCUGGCCUUUUGGAGGAGUUGGCGGAGCUGCAAGCUCUGCCUCCCCCUUCACAGCCCAUGGCGCCGAGGCCAACACCUGUCGAUGCGUCGUCCCAGAGUCCUCUGUCACAGAUUUCACAGGACCAGAGCUCUGACAUUGAAAGUUCCGAGCUGCAGAGCCCCGAACCCCAGGGUCCAGCUCCUCUAAGCCCUAGUGCAAGUUCAGCAUCUGAGCGGCACGAGCCGUCGCCGAUACCGCGACCGAGCCAUCCGAGCCCCAGCACGGCUACGAGAGUGCCUCAGCUCGCAGCAGAGCAAAUAUGCCAGGCGUUCCAGACCGGUGAAGCUCUGCGAGAGACGGUUCAGCAUGUUCUCGAACGGGUUAUGCAAGAGGCGCAUGAGGAGGCUCUGAGACGGGUCCGGGGAGAAAGUCGGCAGCAGGCGGGGCGACCGCGUGAAGAACCCAGCCCUCUCGAUAUCGGCCAGUCGGCGAUGGCGCCUGGGAGCCCCAUAGGACCUGCCCUAGACACGAUAGUUCGGUUGAGGCAACAGGGGAGAACAAUUCGGCAGCAGAGCGAAGCACCCUCUACCCUGGGAUCCGAGCAACACGACCCCUCCGGUCCAGCCGUUCCGUCUGUAGAAACUCAACAGAGUCGCCCAUCUCAACGUCCACGUGCAGGAUCUGCUAUAGCGCAGAGAGAAAGGGUGUUGACACGAAGCCAGUCACGCAGUCAGUCACGUCAACCACCACGCAGCCAGUCGCAGCCACCGCGGGCUGCGAAACGCAAGCCAUCAGGCUCGCCAGAGAAGUCAGAACCGGGUCAUCCCAAGAAGGAAAAGCGCAAGCCAUAA